UUCUAUAAUGGUGGCAACUGUCAGUUUGAGUUUACUCGGAUCCGCUUGCCUGUCCACCGUGUGCGAGUGAAUUCUCACGCCCGACGCGAUUAGGAGCUUUUUUUCAAUCGGCACCUAGCAUUGCUCCGCGACGUGUUCAGCACGAACUCUUAUCUGUGAUAUUAAACGGAAUUAGUCAUUUGGAUGGAGCUGAUGAUAUGAGAGUGACCUGAAAAACGAGAUAACUUUCCGAGGGAUAAUAUCGAAAUGGAUAGCAAGGGGAGGAAAAUUAUUGUGUGCGACAAUGGCACGGGGUUCGUGAAGUGUGGUUAUGCUGGGGCGAACUUUCCGGCUCAUAUAUUUCCGUCUAUAGUCGGACGACCUAUAAUCAGAGCUGUCAAUAAGAUCGGUGACAUCGAUGUGAAGCAAGAAUAUUGCGUUCGUGAUGUGCUUAACAUGCCUGACUUAAUGGUUGGCGAUGAAGCGAGUAAACUUCGUUCUAUGUUAGAGAUUAGUUAUCCUAUGCAAAAUGGAAUUGUCAGAAAUUGGGAGGACAUGUGCCACGUGUGGGAUUAUACAUUCGGCAAAGAAAAGAUGAAUAUUAAUCCUAGGGAAUGUAAAAUUCUAUUAACUGAGCCACCAAUGAAUCCUAUCACGAACAGAGAGAAGAUGAUAGAGGUGAUGUUUGAGAAGUAUGGGUUUGCUGGAACGUACAUUGCGAUCCAAGCAGUACUGACGUUAUAUGCUCAAGGAUUAAUUAGCGGCGUUGUCGUGGACUCGGGUGAUGGGGUUACGCAUAUCUGUCCCGUGUUCGAGGAGUAUGCUUUACCACAUUUAACCAGACGACUAGACAUAGCUGGACGCGAUAUCACAAUGUAUCUCAUUAAAUUGCUUCUAUUACGUGGUUACGCGUUCAAUCACUCGGCCGACUUCGAGACGGUUAGAAUGUUAAAAGAAAAACUGUGUUACAUCGGUUACAACAUAGAAACGGAAGAGAAAUUGGCGCUCGAGACUACCGUGUUGGUAGAGUCUUAUACCCUUCCCGACGGGCGUGUGAUAAAAGUAGGCGGUGAGAGGUUUGCGGCGCCGGAAGCGCUCUUCCAACCACAUUUGAUUAACGUCGAGGCGCAAGGAAUAGCCGAGCUGGUAUUUAGCACAAUUCAAGCAGCCGAUAUUGAUAUAAGGAGCGAGCUAUAUAAGCACAUAGUUUUGAGUGGCGGUAGUACGAUGUAUCCGGGGCUUCCAUCGAGACUAGAGCGAGAAAUUAAGCAACUUUACCUUCAAAGAGUAUUGAAGAAUGAUACCACUAAAUUGAAUAAAUUUAAGAUAAAAAUUGAAGACUCACCCCGACGUAAGGAUAUGGUCUUUAUGGGCGGUGCUGUGUUAGCUGAAAUAACGAAGGACCGAGAUUCCGUGUGGAUAACGCGAGAAGAGUAUGAGGAAAAGGGUCUUAGUGUACUAAAAAAAUUAGGCUCCUACGAAUCAUAGAGAAAGUUAUUGUAACGUAAGUUACAGUUUUUAACGGGCAAUCAAGCGUUUUUAUACCUAUAAGAGUGAUUCUUGAGAGUUUGAUAAUUUACUAUAUAAUUGUAAAAACGAGACAUUUCGGAAAACCCGCUAGCUGUUUGAUACUACAACAAAUUGAUUUUUCUUUUUUUGCGCUCAUAUGCAAAUCAUGAUGUAAUUUCAGAUACGACAGGUAAAGGAUAUCAAAUACAUAUAAUACUCGUAAUGUUUUCAUCUUCUUUUUAUGCUCAUACAUAAUCAUGAUACGAUUUUUCAAGUACGACGGUUGAAGGAUUUAAAUAGUUUAAAAAUCAAUGAUUAUAUGUAAAUGAGCACUAUGAUUCCAGUGAAGCAUCAAUUCUGAACAUUAAAUGUUAUUUUAGCACAAAUGAAAGCUCUUGUCGUAUAUUUUAAAUGGUAAUUGUAAUUGAUUACAAUAUUACGUCGAUCAGACACGAAACAAUGUCACAUUUUUUAUGUGUAUUUAUAGUCCUCAGGUAUAUUAUAUCUCCAACAUAUCGAUUAAGUUUUACUUUUAAUUACGCAAUAUCUGGGAAAGCUCAUUCUUCGUUCUUUGUAUUUGUCGAACUCUCUUCUCUAGAAAAUGUAAAUAUAAUCAAAGUUGUAAAAACGAUCCUUUUCAAUAUAGAACACUAUCCGCCUUUUUACUAUAGUAAUAUAGUACUAUAGUAAUAUAGCAAUGAAUUACAAGCAUUGACGUAAUUUUCUAUUUAAAUUCAUUAUUUUUCGCUCUCGUUACAUGUUAUAAGAUACGAAUUUAUGGUGUCUUGUAAAGAAAAAUAGUUAUUAGUCUGUUGUUAAUUGUAACAAUUGAAAUUAAACAAUCGGAUCUGUAUAUAUACAUAUAUAUCAAAUGUUAAAAUAUUUACAAACUUUCUCUUCCUAUUAGCUGAGUGAUAUAAAAGUUUAAAAAGAAAUCGUAUCAUAAGAAACAAUCUUACGGUAAACUUUUAAUUUUUCAAUUAUAUCGAAAAGUACAUAUGUCGUACCAAAAUGUCUUAGAUUCGAUUUUAUAUUUCAUAAAUAUACGUACGAUUUUGUAUGCCCAAACAAACAAAACACAGAUCUACGGUUUUUUAAUUUCAACUAUUGUCAUCAUUAUUAUCUCGUAUCAUUAUCUCGUUAUCAUCAGUUAUACAUUAAUAUUACAUAAUUCUUAUUUUAUGUAAUAUGUGUAAGAAAUCUUAAAAUGCAUUUAUAUUUUGAUAUUCUCUUAUGCAGUAUAUAAUUAUGUGUACAUAUAAUUUUUUUAUAGUUAUUUUAUAUUUAUGUCGUAUUACAUUGACCUAUAAAAGGGAAUAUUAAUGCUUCUCUCUCGAGAAACAUACAGAUCAAGUUGCGCACAUGUAUUAUUUGAGAUUUGAAAGUAUCUCUUGCAACAAAAAUUUUCACGUUCAAGAGUUAACAGUUUUUUUAUUAAUAAUGUGUAGAUAUCAAGAGAGUAUUUAAAGGAGAAUAUUCUGUACAUUGUACAUACAUAAUCUAAAGUAAUUUCUUAAUUUUCAUUGAAUUGGUUAAAAUAAAUUUAUUUCACAAGAAA